AUGUACCGCGUCCGGUUGCCUACGCGCUUGACACGACAUCAAGACUCCCAUCUCGAACCCGACAGAGUCUUCCUGAAAUAUGCCAGCGUGAGAUCUAAUGCCCACCAUAUCACCCACAAUCGACCGAAACAGGCAACUGACAGUCAGACUCCCAGCGUUGGCGAUCAACACCGCGGCGGUGCGGGAUCCAUCGUGAUGCCAAACUCUACAACAACUACAGCGAAUCCAUUCGAGGAACCCCAGCGCCGAAUAAACGAGUACACCGCACAAGAGAUCGCGACACUGCAAGCCCGUCUAGACAAAAAAUUGGGGCCCGAGUAUAUCUCCGCGCGCCCAGGAGCUGCGGGGCAGAAAGUACAUUAUCUCUCUGCGGAUAAAUGUAUCAACUUGGCGAACGAGGUGUUUGGAUUCAAUGGAUGGUCUAGUUCGAUCCAAACCAUCCAGAUUGACUUUGUCGAGGAGAACCAAAAUACCGGCAGGAUCAGCUUGGGGCUUUCGGUGAUCAUGAGAGUCACACUUCGAGACGGGACAUUUCACGAAGAUAUUGGCUACGGACAUAUCGAGAAUUGCAAGGGCAAGGCUGCGGCAUUCGAGAAGGCCAAAAAAGAAGGCACAACGGAUGCAUUAAAACGCGCUCUGAGAAAUUUCGGCAAUGUUCUGGGCAACUGUAUCUACGACAAGGACUACGUUGCAAAGGUUACCAAGGUCAAGGCGGCACCAGGCAAAUGGGACGUUGAAGAAUUGCAUCGCCAUCCGGAUUUCGCGCCGGCCAAAAAGCAACCACCUCCACCUCCACCUGUGCCCGAAGACGAGGAAAUCUCUCUUCCUCAACCGAUACAGCAAGCGAGAGGGAAUCCGCCCGCGAGCCUAGGGUCAUUCGAUGUCGAGGGAGAAUUCGGGAGUGACUUUUUUGACGAAGCCGAUUUUGGGGUAGCUGAGACCGGCAACCCUGACGAGAUGGUGAUAGACACGGAGCCACAACGACAAGCUCCUAUAUCAAAACCCCCGCCAGUGCAGACAGGACCACCAUCUGUGAGGCCGACGGUCAACUCAUCGAUUGUCACACCCUCGAAGCCCGAGCGAUGGAACCCCACAGGUGCAGCUGGACGACCAAACCCCGUAGCCAUGGCUUCAGCUGCAGCACAAGGCCGGCCAAUUCCCGGACAAGGCCAAUCACCGAAUGUUUCAAAUUCUCGAGUAUCAGUCCCACCACAGAAACCAGCUAACCCGCCGAACCCUGUAAAUAAAAUGGCACAAAUUGCGGCCAAAAAGGAAAGCCUGCUGGCAAACCAAGAAAUGAACCCACCAACCGGCACACCAUCUGCAGGAUUCUUUUCUGCCAGGGCCGUCGAUCUACUGCGCGAUAACCCCAACGCGGUUCCUGCGGGGGCUCCUCAAUUCGACCCCCACGCAGAGAGCCCAUCCAUCCGCAAGACAGCAGGUGUAGAUCACACCAAGAGCAUCCCCAUAUCCAGACCUAUGCUAUCAACCGCCUCUCCCGCACCCAACUCCAACUCUCGGGACUUCGUCAACCCUACCGCAGACCUUCAGCGCAGAGUUGGCGCUCCCGGUGCCGGUGCCGGAGCCGGUAGCCCCAUCAACAGAGGCCCAUCAGUCUCAUCAUAUCGACCUCUGACCCGACCUAAUCCCGACAAAAGAAGCGUUUCCAACCCGGUAACCACGAACCGUCCUGGUGUUCCGCCCGCACAGAACAUCAAUGGCAAACGCCCACCUUUAGCCGAUUCCAAUCACAAUGAUUCCAAAGGUGCUCCGGGGGCGCCAGUACCCGGCAUCAACGAUCCAAAACGGCCCCGUGUCGUGAACGGAAACAUGGGAUCUUUUUCGGGGCCUAAGGGACCCUCCCAGUAA